AAGAGGCGAGGAUGCUGUUGCCUUGGGUACGCACAUUUCUUCUCAGCAACAUGCUUCUGGCAGAAGCCUAUGGAUCUGGAGGCUGCUUCUGGGACCACGGCCACCUGUACCGGGAGGACCAGGCCUCGCCCGCGCCGGGUCUCCGCUGUCUCAACUGGUUGGCCGCACAGAGCGGCCGCGAGUCGCUUGCCGAGCCCGGCCCCGGCAACCACAACUACUGCCGGAACCCGGACCAGGACCCGCGCGGGCCCUGGUGCUACGUCAGCGGCGAGGCCGGCGUCCCUGAAAAGCGGCCCUGCGAGGACGUGCGAUGUCCAGAGACCACAUCCCAGGCACCGCCAGCCUCUUCGACGGUGGAGCUGGAAGAGAAGGCUGAUGCCCCAGGUGACAAAGAGACACAGGUGUUCCCUCCUGCUAACGCCCUGCCAGCCAGGAGUGAGGCAGCGGAGGUGCAGCCAGUGGUCGGGAUCAGUCAGCGCGUGAGGAUGAACUCCAAGGAAAAAAAGGACCUGGGAACUCUGGGCUACGUGCUGGGCAUUACAAUGAUGGUGAUAAUCAUCGGCAUUGGAGCUGGCAUCAUCUUGGGCUACACGUACAAGAGGGGGAAGGACUUGAAAGAGCAACAUGAGCAGAAAGCAUGUGAGAGGGAGAUGCAGCGAAUCACCCUGCCCCUGUCUGCCUUCACCAACCCCACCUGUGAGAUCGUGGAUGAAAAGACCAUCAUCGUGCACAGCAACCAGACUCCUGCUGACCUGCAGGAGGGCAGCACCCUCCUCAUGGGCCAGGCUGGCACCCCUGGGGCCUGAGCCCCUUCAGUGGGCAUGUGCCCAUGCUGACCCUGAUACAGGACAGGCCACCCUCCUGCGGCUAGGAGGGGCUACAUUUUGUGUUGUGGUUAAAACCUUAUCCCAUUUUUCUUUUGGGGGGGGAUGUGAGUCCUCAUGACACAAGCAGAAGCAGGUAGCAUUAUGGGUAAGGGUGAAGAGGCUGGGUAGUAGGGAUCUAUCAAUGCUCCUUUUCUAUCCCUUGGAGCAGGAUUUACCUGCGGAGACUGGCACAGUAACCACAGUGGUGCUGUGGCAAAUAAGGGCUUCUACACUGCCUGGGCCAGGGAAGAUGAGGAGCUUGCUAAAGCUCCUCCAUGCUGUAUACCUUAGGUGGCCUCAGCCUUUCCAUUUGUCAUCCAGGAACUUGAGUGGCGUAUACUGUUAUUCACAGUUAAGGUCAAACAGGUCAUGCAUGAGGCAGCAUUAAAAAUACAUUAUUAUAGCAUUGGGGGUGGAAGUCCCUUCUGAGAAUCAGAAAUAUGUACAAAUAUGUACAAAAGUCAGAACUCUGGGCUGCAAAUGGGUUCUAGAUGGGGGCUGCUGAGCAUGCUCCGCUUGCCGGCAGUGAUGUGCCUUGACAACUUCGGGCCAGGCCUGGGCCUAAGGGACUCUUCCCGUUUUUUAAGGAAAGAAAGGGAAGAAUUGCACUAAGCCUUCCAUUUAGGAAGACACAGGAGGACACAUGUCUGCCUUCAGCCUCACAGCAGUAGACUUGGGUGUCCAGACUGCCUCUUGGGGGUGGAGUAAGGAACCUCUUCACUGUGUGCUGAUAAGAGACUAGCCAGCAAACCCAUGGGAAUUCCACACCUGAGGGUCUCCUAAGCUGCUUCUGAGAGGUGAACCUGGAGACUAAGUCAGAGGCUAGGCAACAAAAGCAUGGAAGCACACCCUCACUUGCAGGCAGCCCUAUGGCCUCCAGGCCUGUGCCUUCCACAGGGCUAGGAUUGUAACCUGUAGAAAACAAUCGCCAAACCACUGGGAAGGGCCUAAAGGGUUUUCCAGAGAGGGAAAAGUAUCUCGUCCAAGAUCAAAUCAGCUUCUGCCCUCCUGGUCCUGGCGGUGUCCCCAACCAGGGGCCCUUACUCCCCCACAGAGAGGGGACGAUGUGGUCCAUUCCCUUCACCAGGCUGCUCUCUGGAGCCAUUUGUUGAGGGGGCCUAGACCUCAGGGUUCCCAUGGUGGCACGGACUAUGGGAAAGAGAACAGUACUACUUCCUACUUUUCUAUGAAAGUAUUUCUCUGUGUGUUUUAUAUACCUCAUCUGACACCUGUGUAUGAACUAUGGCAAAUUGCUCUGCAUUUGACUCAUAUAAACACAAGACCUAA